AUGAAAACAAAAUCUAAAUCUUAUUAAAAAAAAAAAUUAUAAAAUUUUGAUAAAUUAAUUAAAAAAAGAGAGGGAAAUGCUAUUAAAGAUCGAUAUAAAUUAAAAGAAUAAUAAUUUGAUUAGACUUUAUAGUACUAAAUGGUUAAACAUAGAGAAGAACUGAACAAUCUCAAAGAAAACUAAGAUAAGCAAUAAGAGAGUUUAGAAAUAAACUAAAUUACAGCUAUAAAUGAUAGAUUAACUAACGAAAUAAAAACAGAAAUUACUCGUAUGGAAAAUGGGUUGAAAUUAGAUUUUGAAACUAAUUCCUAGUAAACAGAUGAUUUACAAAGAUAAAUAAGUGAAUUGACUGAAAAAAUUCAUUGCUUGUGCAAAAAUUAACUGAUUAGAUCUGAAUUAACAGUCGAAAAUAGGAACUUUCGACACGGAAAGGCAAAAUUAAUUCAUUAACCAGACAAUGUUAAAUUUAAUUAGAAGAACUUGCUAAAACAAAAAGGCAUUAUGAAGCAAGAUUAGCAUAGAUAUAAGAUGAAUAUACUUAUAAAAUAAAGAAUCUCUCAUUACAAAUGGAAGAUGCUGUCAAUAGAGAACGAUAAAGUAGAGAAAAAUCAGUUAAACUAUUAUAAGAUUAUAUUAAAUUGA